AAGACACCUGCUGGGUGCCCUAACGAAAACAUCAUCGUAAGACUUAGAAGGAAAGAAGACACACCCGAAGCAGAUACAAGGGCAACAGCCCUUGUACCAAGGAAAAGAAACUCAGAGGACAUAAUAAUUAAGAACAAUAAAAAAAGAAAAGAAAUGAAGAAGGUUCAUAACACAAGAAGUAAAAGUGAAGAAACGAUGAAUACACUGCAGACAGCAACACUUGCAGAUACGAAUGCGAAAGUUCAUGCUUCCCUGACUACCUCAAGUCCGAAUACCACGGGUUCGACCUAUUCAGACUGGCUAGAGAUUAUGGAACAUGAAGCAGCAGCGGAAAACCAACAAGAAGAACUUGAAACUAAUAAUUUCCGCAAGGAAAAUUCUUCGGCCCUCACUACAGAAAGUUCUGGCAAUUUCCGUGAUGAGAGAUCAGAAGGUGAGAGUGCAGAAAACUCUCACAAUGAUAGAAGUCAGGAUCUCAAUAUACAAGAAACAGAGACAAUGGAACAAGAUGUUCAUAUUAGCAGGACUAUCCCUCUAUUAGAAAUAGCGAAAGGAAUUUUGCUUUAA